AGCAACAGGGACGAAUCUCGCGUCGUUGCUACAAACUUACAAGCUAACUGUUCCAUUUUGCUCUUUGGUUUUAACUACGAUUUUUGUUUAGUUAAAGCGAUGGAGGUGACGAUGGACCCUUUGUUUUUGGCAUGGAGCUAUUUCAGGAGGCGAAAGCUCCAGCAGUGCUCCGACAUUUGCACCAAAAUAUUACAAGACAACCCGUACGACCAGGCUGCAUGGAGUUUGAAGACACGUGCACUGACAGAGAUGGUGUACAUAGAUGAAGUUGAAGUCGACCAAGAGGGGAUUGCUGAAAUGAUAUUGGAUGAAAGUGCCAUUGCUCAGGUUGCACGCCCUGGGACAUCACUGAGACUCCCUGGAACAAGUCAUGGUGGGGGUCCCACACCAGCUGUCAGGCCUGUAACACAGUCAGGACGUCCUAUCACAGGAUUUGUCAGACCAAGUACACAGUCAGGGCAUCCUGGUACCAUGGAACAAGCCAUCAAAACCCCCCGCACUGCAACCACUGCUCGUCCUGUAACAAGUGCUUCUGGUAGAUUUGUGCGUCUGGGAACAGCAUCAAUGUUAACCAAUCCAGAUGGACCGUUUAUAAACUUAUCCAGACUAAAUUUGGCCAAAUAUUCUCAAAAGCCCAAUUUAUCCAGGACAUUAUUUGAGUACAUAUUCCAUCAUGAAAAUGAUGUAAAGAAUGCUUUAGAUUUGGCCGCUCAAGCUACUGAACAUGCUCAGUUUAAAGACUGGUGGUGGAAAGUUCAGCUGGGGAAAUGCUACUAUAGGCUCGGCUUAUAUCGAGAAGCAGAAAAGCAGUUUCGAUCAGCUCUCAACCAUCAAGAAGUUGUCGAUACGUACCUCUACCUUGCAAAGGUAUAUCAGCGUCUGGAUCAGCCAAUAACGGCGCUCAACCUCUUUAAACAAGGUUUGGACCAUUUUCCUGGUGAGGUCACCCUUCUAACAGGAAUCGCUCGCAUUCAUGAGGAGAUGAACAACAUUACAUCUGCUACAGAAUACUACAAAGAUGUUCUAAAGCAGGAUAACACUCACGUGGAGGCUAUAGCCUGUAUUGGCAGCAACCACUUCUACACUGACCAACCAGAGAUCGCCCUGCGGUUCUACAGACGUCUCCUUCAGAUGGGGGUGUAUAAUUGCCAGCUGUAUAACAACCUCGGCCUGUGCUGCUUCUACGCUCAGCAGUACGACAUGACUCUGUCAUCUUUUGAGAGGGCUCUGGCUCUAGUUUCCAAUGACAAAGAGCAGGCUGAUGUCUGGUACAACAUUGGACACGUGGCAGUGGGCAUAGGGGACUUGGCAUUGGCAUAUCAGUGUUUUAAACUGGCUUUGGCUUUCAAUAAUGACCAUGCUGAGGCCUACACCAACCUUGCUGUGCUGGAACUGCGCAAAGGUCGUAUUGAACAGUCUAAAGCCUUCUUGCAGACUGCUGCAUCGCUGGCCCCUCAUAUGUACGAGCCACACUUCAAUCUCUCCAUUCUUUAUGAAAAGAUUGGAGAUCUCCAGAACAGCUACACUGCUGGCCAGAGGGCCGAGGAUGCCUUCCCCGAGCACGCCGACACACAGGAACUCCUCAAACAACUUCGGCAACAGUUCACAGUGCUGUGAGCGAAAGACCAGUGUGGAGGCAAAGUGUGAGGUUGUCACAGCAGGAAAUUCAAACAAAAAUUAUUUUGUUAAAUGGACAGAAUAACUUCUUAGGUAAAACAUUUUAGAGUGUUUAUGUGCAGUAGUAUCAGGUUUGUAAUAUUUACCCUUAAAAAUAGCAGAAAUAUGAACAUUAGCUUUUUUUUUUUUUUUGCUUUUGCACCAGUCUUAGUAUAAACGUAACACAUUUGAUUUUGUAAUUUGUGUGACCAUGAAUGCCUGUGGUAUCUGUAGGCUUAAAUACUAACUGGGGCUCAAAGUACUUUGAAGGUGAUUCAUCACAGACUGCAAACUGGGAUACAUAAAUGUAAAAUCUGUGCAGAAAUAGGGAUUUAUGAGAAAAAAAACAGACUGGGAAAUCAGUGUACAGAUUUGUAUAGCAGUUGUAUGUAAAUAGCAAAGUACCUUUAAGGUAAAAAAAAAAAAAAAAAACCCUAUUUAUUUAUCCUUUUAAAUUGGUUUAUAUAAUUUUUUGUAGUUCAUGAAUCUAAUGUAUUUUCUUAUUUUAAACCUACUUGCUAUUUGGAGUGUCAGCAAUUAAUAA